AUGUCUAUUUCACCGAGCCUUUCUCCGAGAAAGUGCCCAGAUCGUUACGCCUUUCGUGCGGGUCGGGACUUAUCUGACAAGGAAUUUCGUUACCUUCGGACCGUUAUAGUUACGACCGCUGUUCACCGGGGCUUUGGUCGCCCAGGGAAGGUUCUAACUCCUUUCCCUUUUGGUCUCGUGGAGAAGUGA